UUAUUUUAUUUUUUUGCAAUAGAAUUUUAAACAUGCAUAGUUGCUUGCCAGUAUGGGAAGACAGAGAAAUUAAAUUUGAUAUUCCAAAUAUGCAAAAUAAUUUGCGUGGUGGAGAAAAAAGUUUAAGUUUUAUUAAUAAUGUGGAAGAUAAUAAGGGAAAUCCCGGUGAUACAGGAAAUCUUUUAAUAACGAACCUGAGAAUAAUCUGGUAUUCUUUAGUAAAUAAAAAGUUUAAUAUAUCAAUUGGAUUUUUGAAAAUUAUAUCAAUGACAACAAAAUCAGUAUUUUCUAAACAACGUGGUACAACACAAGCUUUACAUGUGGUGGCUGCAGGAGCAAGCAUGAAAUUCGAAUUUUUAUUUUUAGACUGUUCGGCUGAAAACAAAAAUAAAGCUCAUUCUCCUUUUGAGAGUGUUUUUGACCUUUAUAGAAUCUAUCAACAAACUCCAUUGUACCGUGAAUUAAAACUUCGUGGUCACAUCGUUCAACAAGGAAAUAUAAUAGUAUUACCUCAAGAGCAAGUUUAUACAACUGUACAUGGUGUUUGGAAUUUGUCCAGCGAUCAAGGUAAUCUCGGUUCAUUUGUUGUUACUAAUGUCCGUUUAGUUUGGUUUGCUGACGUAAAUGAAACAUUCAAUUUAAGUUUACCUUACAUGCAAAUUUCUUAUAUAAAAUUGCGUGAUUCAAAAUAUGGUCUUGCAUUAGUAAUACAUACUUUAGAAACGGGUGGAAGCUAUGUGCUUGGGUUCAGAAUAGACCCACAAGAAAAAUUACAGGAAAUUUAUAAAGAACUUAUAUCAUUGCACUCAGUUUAUAAAGAAAAUCCAAAUUUCGGCGUUGAAUAUAAGGUCCAAAAACAUACUGUUGCUCAUAACGAAGGACAAUCUGAUUUGGUUAUUGAAAAUAUUCAAGAAAUUGAUGACAAACAAGAAAAAGAAAUUAAUUCUAAGCUGAACUCAUAUAUAGCCGAAGGCACUUCUUUAACAAAUAGUAAACCAAGAGAGCCAUUUUAUUGCAAAGAAAUUGGUUUCGCGAUGGAAAAAUUACGGAAUGAAUUUAAGCCAUCUGAUUUAUGGGAUGUAGUGUCAUCAGAAAAGAUUUAA